AUGGCAUUAAAUUGUUCAGAGAAUCUAUUUGUUCCUAUAUCUUUCAAUAGAUAUAAAGAGUCAACAUCUGAAAAAGGUAGUAUUUCAACAGCAAAUACAAAACUUUUAGGAUGCAAAAAUGCAAUAUCGAAAAAUAUAAAUCUUAUAUCUUCAAGGUUAAGGAAAAGACUUAGGUAUUCUUUAAUUAAACUCGAAAAUGGCUGGAUAUCCAAUUCUUUAGAUCAAGUUGAAAAUUUGUAUUUUAAUCGUCAUCAUUCAGUAAACAUAAAACAAAUUAAAAACAAAAUAGAUCUUGGAAAAGAAUCAAAUGUAACUGCAAAAAGGACUUUCAGAUCAUUGUUAAAUCCCAUAAUUCCUUCUACUUAUGAAUCAUUUUGGGCAAUUUAUCCUCCAUUUUCACUUCAACAUUCAAAAGUUUGUUCUUUGAAAGAAAAAACUAGUUCUAAUAUUGAAAUACAUAAAAUUUAA